UCCCACCAACAUACUUAACCAUGAGUGACACAGAACCAACCAUUCAUGACCAUGACAUGGGACCACGUACAACAGACCUUCCAAUGUCAGCUACACCAAAGGCCGGGUCUCACCUCAAUAAGCUAAAGCAGUGGAACAAGCAAUUUCAAGCCAACAUUGCUAACGCACUAUCUCAAAUGGCUCGAUCCAACACUGGGAGCAGCGCCGAAACACACAAGGACGUCUCGGUACCAGAAGGUUCUAUGGCAGCAUAA